GUCUGUCUUCUCCUAAAGACGAGAAAUCUGCUUUCAAUGUCAAUGAUGAAAGCAUUCAGCAAGAGGAGCAUGAAAUUGCUCCGUGAGAUCUACACAUUAAUAUCAUUCUCUCGUUCAAGUUCUCCCGUCAACUUGACGCCGACAGGACCGGCGUACAUCCAUCGGUUGCCAAUGGAACUUCUAUAACAAGUCUUUUUGCUCAUUGUUAACGACAUGCCAUGGCCAGACUGUCCCAGUAUCUUAUCGUCAGAACAUAACAUUGUUUCGCUCGAUGUUGCCAACCCUCCCCUAGUCUACACCAGAGUGUGCCGCCUUUGGCGAGUUGUUGCACAUUCAACGCCGCGAGUCUGGUCGCACAUCCAGAUUGUGCUCCGUGUGAAAAUCAAACCAUGGAAACCAUUUUUUCCAUAUUUCCUCCAGUGUUGGCUUGCUCGCUCUGGCAGGCUUCCCCUCACCCUUUACAUUGUUGACGGAUUCCAACACCGCAUACAUGGUUGGGUUCAACCAGGGGCAAAUUCUCGAGUUCUUGAUGUCCUCCUUUCUGAGAGCCAGCGUUUGGAAACGGUGUUGAUGUCACCCGUGUAUAGCUGGGAUCCUGACUUCGACACUCCUCAGUUGAGAACCUUGGUGUGCAAUAACAGAAGUCUCAGGAGAAUCAAUGCACCAAAGCUUUCGCGCCUACACUUCUAUGGUUACUUUUAUCUCAACGUCCCAGACGGACAGCCCACCCUUACUUGCAGAAAUCUACGUCUGGAGGCCGCUUCCACGCAUGCUAUAUGCUCUGCUAUAGCCAGUUUCCCUCACCUGGAGACCAUCCUGGUUGAUGAAGCUGUAGGCUUUUAUUAUAGGGACGUUCCUACCCCUAUAAGUAGUUCGGUGCUGAAAUCGAUGAUCCUCCCUCUCGCCUACGUACUGAAGGACACCCAGCAAGGACAUAUCCACUUGUUCACUCGACUUCAUCUUCCCAUGUUACAGAAAUUGACUCUGGUGGGAGCGCCGGAAAAAGUACAAGUUGAUUGUCUUUUGGCAAUGCUGGCAGUUGCAUCCUUCCAGGUACCGGUGGUAGACUUUCAGACGAGCACACCGCUGAGCACAGUUCAUAUGAACAAUAUUGCGCCGUUGCUCUCAAUUGUGAGAGAAGUUACUCAUGAUGGGUAAGUGCUCUGCCAUCUCGUCCCAUGCACUCAAUCAUACAAACCCUGUCUGGUCCAGACACUUGCUUCAGAACAAUUGAGUAUCGGAGUUCGCGAGAACUGGGGAAACUGAAGCUACCCUUCUCAA